UAGUGCAGCAGAUUUAUGAAGCAGUGUGUCUCCUGCAGAAAGAAGCACAUGGCUGAAGCAAGACUCGCAGCGAAGCGAGCGGCACGGGCAGAGGCACGAGAGAUCCGAAUGAAGGAACUGGAAAGGCAGCAGAAAGAGAUCUAUCAAGUUCAGAAGAAAUAUUAUGGUCUGGAUACUAAAUGGGGAGACAUCGAGCAAUGGAUGGAAGACAGUGAACGUUAUUCCCGUAGAGCCCGAAGAAAUGCCUCGGCUUCGGAUGAAGAUGAGCGCAUGUCAGUGGGUAGCCGUGGAAGCCUGAGGUCUCAUUUGGAAUAUGCCAGCACCUACCCAGUGGCUGGAUUAGAGAAUGAGAGGACCAAAAAGAAGAACUACUCCAAAGCAACCAAUGGUUAUGAGGAAGACGUGUAUGGAUCAUCCCAGAGUAGAAAAUCUAGCAGGCCCUCCUUGCUGUACAGUGAUGCCCUGCCAGCCAGAAGUUACAGGGCGUCUGUGUAUGACGAGAGCGUUUACAGUGGGAGUCGUCGGUAUAGUGCCUCUAGUUCUCGUGCUCCUUCUGAGUACAGCUGCUACCUUGGGUCAGGAUCUCGGGCAUCCUCAAGAGCCAGCUCUGCUCGGGCCAGUCCAGUGAUUGAAGAAAGGCCAGAAAAAGACUUUGAGAAGGGAGCACGUACUGUCUCAAGCUUAUCAGCAGCUACCUUGGCUUCUCUGGGUGGGACUUCAUCGCGAAGAGGCAGUGGGGACACAUCCAUCUCAGCCGAUACAGAGGCAUCUAUUAGAGAAAUAAAGGACUCUCUAGCUGAAGUUGAAGAGAAAUAUAAAAAGGCUAUGGUGUCAAAUGCUCAACUAGACAAUGAAAAAACAAAUUUCAUGUACCAAGUAGAUACCCUGAAGGAUGCACUCUUAGAGUUAGAAGAACAGCUGGCAGAAUCCAGACGACAAUAUGAAGAAAAAAGUAAAGAAUUUGAGAGGGAGAAGCAUGCUCAUAGCAUAUUGCAGUUUCAGUUCAUGGAAAUCAAAGAGGCUUUGAAGCAAAGAGAAGAAAUGCUUGCAGAAAUCCAACAGCUGCAACAGAAACAGCAGAGCUAUGUCAGGGAAAUUUCUGAUCUUCAGGAGACAAUAGAGUGGAAAGACAAAAAAAUAGGGGCGUUAGAGAGGCAGAAAGAUUUCUUUGAUUCCAUAAGGAGUGAGCGGGAUGACCUUAGAGAUGAAGUGGUUGUGCUGAAGGAGCAACUGAAGAAACAUGGAAUAAUUCCAGACUCUGAUGUAGCCACCAACGGGGAAACAUUGGACAUUCUUGAUAACAAAGGUCACUUGGAUUCUUCCAAAACUGUUCCAGGCACAACUCAGGCAUUAAAGACAGGAGGGGAUGGGAUGCUAGGCCAGACCUUAGAUGUGGAGUUGAGUUCUGAACACCCUGGGUUCUGCACAGACAGGCUGAAAAAACUCAUUGAUGAACGAGAAUCCUUACUAGACCAGGUUAAAAAAUUAAAGGGACAACUGGAAGAAAAGCAAAAGAAUGGCAAGAUGGAAAAUACACAGUCAGAAGAUGAAGUUCUGGAAAAUGGGACAGAUAUGCACAUGAUUGACCUCCAAAGAGAUGCCAACAGGCAGAUCAGUGAUCUCAAAUUUAAACUAGCAAAAUCUGAGCAAGAGAUAACAGCAUUGGAGCAGAAUGUAAUACGAUUGGAAGGUCAGGUAGCCCGAUACAAAACUGCUGCUGAAAAUGCUGAAAGAGUAGAAGAUGAACUGAAAGCAGAGAAACGCAAGCUGCAGAGAGAGCUUCGUUCAGCAUUGGAUAAAACUGAAGAGCUUGAAGUCAGCAAUGGUCAUCUAGUAAAACGCUUGGAGAAGAUGAAAGCCAACCGGAGUGCUUUACUGUCUCAGCAAUAACGACCCCCUUUCGCUGCUCUUACUACUUGACAAAACCAGAACAACGUUGCAGAUGCUUCUGGCUCUUGCUGUCCGGGAUGCUUUGUGUCAUGCCUUCUGAGAACAGACAACCCCAACAUUUGCUACGUGCCACCCAGCUGUGGUUCUUUCUACGCAGAUUCAAAUCUACUGCACUGUACACAUAGGAGUAGCUGAUCCAAGUGGCUGUGCCUGCGGGAGCCCUUCUACACCGUUCUUUGGGUACAUUUGAAGUACAACGUCCGUCUACCAUGUAAGAAGCACAUCGGGCAUCGCAUUAAGUUCUCCAUCCAGAAGGCACAGCAGUCAUUUAUUGCCAUUUAAAAUGGCAUUCAAAGAAAACACUUUAACUGGACUGGAAUUUUGUGUCUUGCUGAAAAUUUAAAAAAAAAACACUGUAAGUUUUGGACUUUCUUAUGACAGUAUCUGUAAUUUAGUGACUACAGUAGAGUUAUUCAUAGUAGGUUUUUCAUUUACAAAUCACUGUGGAACCACAAGCCAUUACAAAGCAAAACUCCUUCAGUGGAAACCAUGGAAGAAGAUGGUCUUGGAAGCAAAAGUGACCUUAAAUGACUUUGCCAAUAAAACAAAGGUGUUCGGAGGGAUUUUUGCACCAGUGGAAUCAUAAGACUAUUUUAUUUCAGGGUAAAUAGGCAAUAGCUUCAUUGAAUUUUCAACUUUUAUUUGUAUUAUUUAAUCCCUGCUCUUGGAGUUGAAGUAAACUACUUUUAAGGAUGUAAAGUUACAUUAAUAAACCAGCAUAAGGCCAUGUUUUAACAAAUGGUGGGUUUUGCACUUAGAUGACUCACUUUGGUGCAUUUGUCAAAGCAAGUGUCACUUGCUUAAACAAAAUAUGUGGUGGGUUUUUUACAUCAGAAACUAUCUACUGGUCCAUGAACUACUAGGAAACUAUGCCGCUACAAAAUACAAGUCUAAUUUUUAAAAAAGUAACUGAUAAGUAAUGAAGCACUUUAGAAAAUGUUACUGCCUAUGUUUUUUCUACAAAUACAGAAAUAGUGAAUUAUUUCCUUCUAAGGUCAUUAUAAAGGUUUUCCACUUUUCAUGAAAAAUAACGUAACCAAUUAAGAUGUUGCAGGCAAUUUAUUAUACACAACUAGCUCUACAGCUCUGGUUUAUUGGAAAUUAUUCUGAAUGUACUACUCAAAAGAAAACAGCAGUUACCUGAAGAAUAAAGCUGUCCUUCCCCCUUCAGCCCUAACAGGAAAAAAAGCUUGCAAGUAAGGCAGGCAACCUGUCCCAUAGGAAUCUCCUCACCCUAUGAAGCAGCAUCUCCUGUUCCACAGGAGCAACCUUCUGUCGAUGCCGACUGCCUCAAUAGAUAUGGUUCCAUCAAGCCAAAUCCAGACCCGGGAGACCAUUUCUUCUUAACUUGGUCUUCAGACCCUCUUUCCCUAACCUCUUCCUCGCAGACUGGAGGUUAGAGCAUAAACCGCUGCUAUUUUCAACAUAAGGGGAUCGUCAGUAUCUUCUUAGAGCACCUUCGCAAAUUAAAUAAACCAAAACCAGUGUCUGAAUGUGUUUUUCUGGUUUGGCUGGAAAAUAACACCUUCCUCUUCAUCUCUUUGGAGUGCACCCGGAAAUUUAGGAAUGAAGUGCUGAAAUUAAUAUUCCAGGAAAAGGAUGAAGAAGGCUUUUUUUUGUGCCCCUGGGGAAAUAAGUAUGUCCGUGUUGGUCAAAUGUGGUGGAACGUGGGGAUGAAAGGAAUCUUUUAAAUGAAAUUUCCACUCCAGCUAGGGCUUUGGGGUUUGUUUUUGUUUUUGAGAGGAACAUUCAGGUGCAGAGCCAGGUUUCUUGUGGAAUACCUCAAAAUCGCUGUGGAUACCAAUUUACAAUUUUCUGUGGUUGACUUGUGUAAUUUCUGGUGUACAAAGCCUCUGGGGCCUAAAAAAAAAAAACUAAGGGUUUUUCAGAAUGCAAACAAAUGUGCUAAAUACAUCUUACUAACUGAUGAUAAGGUGUGUGAUUGCCACCAGUCAUCUUUUCAUUUGUGGUAGUGGUGAAAACUGUCUCUCCUGGCAAGAUUUGGGAGAAACAACCUAGCAACUAAGCGUUGGUCCACAAGUCUAAAAAUAAUAAUUUACUCAUCAAGAAGUGAUGUGUUUAUCAUUUCAAAGUAGACUGCAUCUUACACCCCAUCAGCAUUAACCUCAUGACAGAAAUCAGAUGUGUAUUUCAACCUGGAUAUGCUCUUAAUAGAACUCUUCGUGUGUGAUAAAGUAGCUGAAUGUUGAAACCACAUUUUUUUCCCCCCUAACUUUCAGUAUGACUUAGCUUUAGAAUAAGGGAAGAAAAAGUACUGUUUGUUUAACUGCAAACUGUUUUUUGUUUUCCUGUGAAGAAUGUACGACAGGGCUUUGAAUGGUAAUAAUAGCACAUGUCCCAGUCCUUUUAAUUGAGCUCCAAACAAGAGAGCCUCGGGGCCCAGCCCGCUGACUCAGAGCGGAGCCGAGGUGGUGGCAGCCUGGCGAGGAAUGGCUCUUGGGGUAACCAGGAGGGGUUUUCCUAGAAUUUGUAUUUAAAAUUGUUAUCCUUUGUUUUAUUUUUAAAUAAUUUUAUUGUUUGCAAAUGGAAUGUUACCCAAAAUGUGUUUUGUUUUUUUUCAAUCAAACUGUUAGGAGAUACGAGUGUGGAAAAGGAAAUUCAUUAGCAGAACUCGCCAAUAAAGAUGUCACUUGUUUGGGUAGUUUUUAUUGAGUGGUCUGUCAUGAUGAUGUUCUCUUGAAAAAUACAGACUUUUUGGAUGAUA